AUGUACAAGACGAGGCAGCUACUGUCUUUUGGAGCUUUACCUGUUACAGCGGGUGCAGCAGUUGCUGUAGCAAGGACAGGACCACCGGACACUGUCUACAUCUCGGUCGCAUUCUCAUGUCUCGCCGCGUUCAUGACCUGGAAGACAUUACCACGGCUACGACAACCAUUCUUGAAUGCAAAACUCUCGGGCAUCGAUGUGCUUAAACGAAGUCGUCCAGUCAUAGCUGAAGCCAUGGGAUUUCCAACAGCUGUCAUUUAUUUGAUCACCAUGUUCUGCUUUAUGCCCUUUCCCUUUAUAGGGUGGUUUGACGGUGAAGCGCGUUUAUUGCAUGAAGAUGAUCCCAUGAUUGGUACUUUUCCCUAUCACAAGCUUGGUGAAUUCCUCUCGGCUGUGCUUGCAAUUCAAUCCAUGGUCCUCUUGGGGUUUGCAGAUGAUAUCCUAGAUGUACGAUGGCGGUACAAGAUAUGGUUUCCAGCUGUAGCCAGUAUUCCAUUGUUGAUCUUUUAUUAUACCAACUUUGGCGUUACACACGUUGUCAUGCCCUUGCAACUGCGACCAUUGCUAGGUGAUCUCGUCGAUCUUGGUGUAUUAUACUAUGUAUACAUGUUGAUGCUCGUUGUAUUUUGCACCCAUACCAUCAAUAUCCUUGCAGGCAUCAAUGGGAUCGAAGCUGGUCAAGCACUCGUGAUUGCGAUUUCAGUCCUCGUCAAUGAUUUGCUCUUUCUAUUCAACAAUUCAAACAAGGCGAGCGUCGAGGCUCAUUUAUUCAGUCUUUAUUUCAUGUUGCCUUUCAUUGGGGUGACGAGUGCGCUCUUGUGGCAUAAUUGGUUCCCUGCUCGAUUGUUUGUAGGGGAUACGUACUGCUAUUUCGCCGGCAUGACAUUUGCAGUAGUCGGUAUCCUGGGCCAUUUCUCCAAAACAUUGGUCCUCUUUUUCAUUCCUCAAAUCUUCAACUUUUUAUAUUCGUGCCCACAGCUCUUUCGAUUGAUCGAAUGCCCAAGACAUCGCAUGCCGCACUUUAAUCCAACCACUGGAAAGCUCGAAUGUAGUACAGUGACCUUUGAUAAGAAGCCGAUAUCAAGAUUAGGAUCAUGUGCAUUGAAGAUACUCUAUGUGCUUGGAUUGGUCAAAGUGAUUCGAAGAGAUGAUCAAGGAAGGAUAUUGGAGUGCAACAACCUCACCAUCAUCAACCUGGUUCUAUCAAGAUUCGGCCCAAUGACCGAGCGUAAUACUACAAGAGCUGUACUAUUCAUUCAAAUCUUGUGUAGUUUACUUGCAUUCUUUAUUCGAUACAAGCUUGUCCAAUAUGUAUAUUAG